AUUCCAGCUCCCUCAAACAAGAUUUUCUAUGCCACGCUUGCCCGAGUCUACUACGCUUACCCGCAGCCGAACGAAUGGUUGUAUUCUGGCCUUCAGGGUGCUCUCGUGCUUACCAAGAACAACUCAAGUGGCGCACUUUCAUUCAAACUUGUAGAUUUGAGUGCUACAAGAGGCGUUAUAUGGGAACACGAAUUCUACGAUGGUCUGGAUUACUUUGCUGACAGGGCAUUCUUCCAUUCAUUUCCUGGCGACGCAAGCGAUUCUUCUCGUCUGGAUUAACAGCAUGCUUAACCGCGCUUUACUUUUUAGGACGCUAUGAUCGGAUUCGUGUUCUCUAAUGAACCGGAGGCCAAAGAUUUCUGGAAGAAAGUGCUCAAAAAGAAGGAUGAGAAGCGCAGUACGUGGUUAUCGCGCCUUUCCAAUGCGAUAGCUGUUGACUGCUCUUCCAUAGCGCCCAAGCCUGAGACAGAGAAGAAGACAAACAAAGGGGGCAAGAUAGACAAAUCCAUGGUUUCAGGACCAACGUCCGGAUCGUUUGUUCACGUUGCGCAUAUGGGCUAUGAUUCAGAGUCCGGCUUCACUUCGAAGGGAGUCGACCCAUCAUGGACAGCUUUCCUUGGGCAGCUCGAGAAUUCGGGUAUCAACAAGGAAAUGAUAGCAAAGGAGAUGGACUUUAUCAAGGACUUUGUGCAUUCACAUCCUCAACAGCAGCCAGCUGUUGCAAAGGAGCCUAAGAAACCGAAACCGUCUCCGCCACACUCACGGAAAGCUCACAGACAGAACGACAGUGUCAGUGCACCGCCGCCGUCACGUGGACGCCCUCAACCACCUCCGGCAGCUGCCCUUUCGCGUACGUCACAGCACCCGGCCCGCCCACCACCUGCUACUACCAGUGCACCACCGCCACCUCCAGUCCGCCCACCAGUCCGAGCAACUCCAGGACCGUCUCCGCCCCCGAACCGGCCAACGAGCUCAGUGCCUGCUACUCCUCCGCCAUCAUCACUAGCUACUGAAGGUGUUCCACAGCCUCCUUCACAAGAAAGUCGUAGUAGGCAGAAGAAUCGUGAUAUCAAGGACAAAUUGGAGUAGCUUCUGGUAUGUCGCAUGUCGAUUAUUGGAGGCCACAC